AUAAAGCGGCUCCCCGUCUCUAUAGCAACAGAACCCCGGAAGUAGCGCUGAUCUGCUUAAUGGACGUCUGUCUAGUUUAUUUAUCGUGUAAGAGUGUGUGAGUUUGCUUGCUCGCGAGUUUGUUAAUUUAGUUUUAGAAUUCUUAAAGAUGUCGCAGAACGUGGAAGAGGUGCAUAGACGGAGCACCAAGAAGAAAGUGUGGACACAGAAGGCGGUAGAAGUACAAGAGGAGGAGGAGAAGGAGGGAGAGGAGCUCAGUGAGCGAUGUGUGCUGCGUGGGAUCUUUAAAUUGGGAAAGAAGAGUCAUGAUGUGCUGCUCACAAAGACCAGACUGUCCUGGACCCCCAUCGUGCCGGAGAGCCCCACAGCUGACGUGAGGGGACAGAAAGCUCAUGUGCUGCUGCUACAGGACGUGUACGCAGUAAAGGUGAAGCGGCGGCGAACUGCAGGCCAACAGCCAGGGACUGGACCAGUGCUUGGAGUGGCGCUGCUUUGCUGCAAGAGAAAGGGAAGAAGGCUGGAGGAUGAUACGGUGCACCUCCACAAUGCCUCUUCCGAACACACACACAUCUGGUACAACGCUCUGAAGGAGCUAUUGAAAGGUUUUAGCAAUCGUCCCAAGUAUCUCAAAGUGUUCAUCAACCCCAGCAGUCACAAGAAGGAAGCCGUUCACAUCUACAGAGAGCAUGUGGCGCCUCUCUUCAAGAUUGCUGACGUCCGCACAGACAUCACCGUAACUGAAAAGAAGGGACACACUCUCUCGGUGAUGAUGGAAUCAGUGCUGGAUGAGUUUGAUGGAGUGGUGUGUGUUGGUGGAGAUGGAUCUGUGGCAGAGGCGUGUCACUCCCUGGUCCUCCGAGCGCAGCUUGAUGCUGGGUCUCCAGUUAAACCAGUCAGAGCAGUGCUUCCACUGGGCAUCAUUCCUGCUGGUUCAACUGACAUAGUUUCCUGUUCUGUGCAUGGAGUCAGAGAUCCCGUCACUGCAACCCUGCACAUCCUACUUGGUCACCUGCAGCAGGUGGACAUGUGCAGCUUCUCAUCUCUAGGUCAGGUCGUACGCUAUGGCUUCACCGCAAUGUUUGGAUUUGGAGGAAAGAGCCUGGCUCGUUCUGAGAAUAAUAGGUGGAUGCCAUCCUCAAGACGGAGAGAAUACGCUGUGGUUAAAACGCUUGCCAGAUUGAGACCUGAAGACUGUCAGCUGAAGUUCCUACCUGCAAAGAAAUUGUCUGGAGAUCCAGAUCUUGCCCUUCAGGAACAGAACACAGAGUUAGAGGAUAAAGACGAGGAGUCCUGGGUCACCAAAGAUGGUCUCUACCUUAAUAUCAUCAUCACUUCCAUUCCGUGUCUUAAUCCUCAUGCCCCCCGUGGACUGGCCCCUGACACCAGACUGUCAAAUGGCAGUGCAGAGCUGAUCACAGUCGGAGACACCAGUAGGUCUGAGUUCUUCAAGCACCUGAAGAGAUACAACAGCUCGAGUGGACAGUUCCACUUCACGUUCGUGAGUACACACACUGUGUCUGCAGUGAAACUGUGUGUGUGUCCACAAGCACACAUCGAUGACCCUGAGACUGACAGUGAGGAUGAGUCCAGGUCCUCCUCCAUUAUCCAUUCAGACAGCCAGAACUUUCCCUGGAAUAUCGAUGGCGAGCUGGUGGAGAUUGCUGGGAAAGUAACCAUCAGGGUUCACCCAUCACUCAUCACACUGUAUGGCGAGGAGGUGGACCAGGCAGAUGAGACGAUUCCCUGCAACUGCUUCUGACUCCAGCAGAGGGCACUGUCCUGAUCCUACCUGUCAUGUUGAGCGGUGGACUACGGAUCCUGCUCAGUCCAACUCUGAUGCGCUGCAGGAGGGAGCGGUGCACCCCGCUUCAAAUAUUCUUCUGUGCACACAAGUUGUGUCAUUUGUGGAGCAUAUGAUCAAAGUGUUUGUCAAAGUUCUUUAGCUUCAUGACUGCUGAUGUGAAUCGUUCACCAUCAACAGCUGUGGGAUUGUACUGCUGGAAACAUCACAGGUAAACGUCGCCAUCUGCUGUGUGACAUAAGCCAUUGAGGAAAGGGAAUACAACUGUCAAGUCUAUACACUUAGUCACAUACUUUGGACUCUGUGGAACAUCCAGGCAGCGUGCUGGGCCACAGUUGGUGGACACAGAACUCUUUUCUGCUUUGCUCACGGCCUCACUUAACAUAUUAAUUUGCCUUCUCAAGUAAGGAGGCAAAAAUGAUAUUACACUGUUUUGAAGCAACAAACUAGACUCAUCAUUGCGUCCCGUCUGUUCUUUCUCUCUGAAAGCAUCAUUGGUCUGAUAACUGGGCAUCAAUUUUCUAAAUAAUAUUUCCAUCAUUCUUCUCUUCAGUAACGUGUAUAUUAUCAUGUGUAUCAUCAUAUUAACAUGUGAAAUGUUUUCAGGAAUAUCUAGUUCUAAAUCCAGUGACUCGGCAGAAAACUAGUAGACUUCCAAACUCAGAUAAUGACCAUAACAGAAGUAAUGUCUUGAUAUCUAGGGCAGAAAGCAAACUGUCAGAAUAUGUCCAGUGUCUUAUAGCUAACAAAAUCAGUUUUGCAGAGUUUGUUUCUAUCUUUGUCUACAAAGAUGUGUGCAAGCAAGGUGUCUCUGUUUAUGAAUGUAUUGCAGUCAACUAGGGCCUUCAUUGUUGUGUCAGUUACAUGUUGCUUUCAGUGCUCAUUGACAACAAAAAUUUCAACAUUGAUUUUAAUGACUGACACGUGGUACAUAAGAAGGUAAAAAAAAAUCGACCAUCUUUUCCAAAUUCAGGUAUUUUAUCAGGACUCUCCUCAUGCUCCAUUUCUUUUUCCUCACUCAUAAGUUACCAGUUUCUGAUGCAGACUCCAUGUAAAAGCUGUGUAAACAUGCCUUAUUACCUGACCACUGUUGAGGCAGACAAAACACACAAAAGACAGCCAGAACUGGUAUUUGAUGUGGUGGCAUGGGACCAGCAUGACUUUACAGGAUGUGUACGAGCGCCCCACUGAAAUUCAGCAAUAGCCUUUUUUUUUUGUAGUAUUUUAUUUUCCAGUUUUCAAUAAUGCAAGACAGAACAUACAUAUCCCACCAAAUCCCCCCCUAAAAAACAAAAAAAAACCCCAAAACAACAACAACAAAAGGAAAGGGUGCACUCCACACAAAAAAAUAAAAAUAAAAUAUGAUCCUCUCAAGCGUUCGUACAUUAUAUUACAGAGAAAACAUUACAGUCCAGAGGUGUCCAGAGUCAUCCGUGCGAUGUAAUAUACAUUAAAAAUGGCUGCCAAAUCCGUUUAAACUUUUCGGUUCUACCUGCUAAAGCAAAAUGAAAAAAAAGAAAAAAAAAGAACUUCUUUAUUCCAGUACUGCAGAAUAGUCUUUUUUGUCAGAACCAUGCCAUAUGAAACUGCCGUUCUUUGAUAAUUAUUCAAAUCUUCCAUUUGUUGUGAGCUACCUAAAAUGGCGGUUCCAGGGUUAGGAGAUAAAUCUCUACACAAAACCUCAGAGUAAAUCUGAAAUAUUUCUUCCCAGUACUUAGUGAGUUUAGGGCAGAAAAAUAACAUGACCUAAAGUUCCCUCAGACUGUUUGCAUUUGAUACAUAAUGGAGACGAGGAUGGGUAAAAUGAGUGAAGCUUCACUCUAGAGUAAUGAAGCCUGUGUACUACCUUAUAUUGGAUCAACUGGUGCCUUGAGUUUACUGAACAAGAGUGGAUGUUGCAUAGGCAUUUAGACCAACAUUCUGCUGUUAUUUCUGUUCCUAUUUCACCUUCCCAUAAGGCCCUGUGGUGUUCAGCACUCGGUGUCAUAGAAGAGUCACAUAAGUUUACAAACAAAGAUACCAGGUGCUUUGUUGACGGUUUGGUUAUUAUAAGCAGCAAUAGCCUUUUUAGGGACCAUUGUGUUGACCACCACGGCAGUGUCUGUACUGCUGCACUGAAUGGAAAGAAGAAAGCUGUUUGAUCGCUCCUGUGCCAUCACUUUGACCAUGCAAUGUUAACCAUCACUUAACAUAGCUGUAAAUGGGACAUUUUAUUAAUCCUCCUAUCACCGGGGGGAGCCUUAUGAUUUGUGCUAGAGUGAUGUUUAACAUUCAGUGUGGCCGACCAAUGAUGGUGGACGCAAGUAAUGCAGAGAACGUUGAGGUUUGAUGAAAACACAUGGAAAGCAUUUAUUUCUUUGAAUCUGUAUUUACAAUUCAUGUUUCCACACUAAUUUCUAUUGAACAUGUGUUACCCUAUCAUGGAGCAUCUGAGAUUUCAAAGGGGUCAAUGAAGAAUUUGUAAUAAAAGUGAAAGCAUAUAAUAUUGAGAAGAACACUGAGGAUGAUGGUGAGCGCAGUGAUCACCACAUCAAGUAAAAACGUACUUCUGUUUUGGCUUUUUCUCCCCUUUUUGGGUAGCUGCAUAAUGUUGUCCCGAACAAUGUUUAUAAUGGUUGUUUCGACAAUGGGAAUCUGAAAAAUCACCACUGACUUCAGCAUGGUUUUUCCGUCAAACUUUUUCUCCAGGUCUUUCAUCACCAUGAUGCUUACAGGCUUCAGCUCUUCGUCUUUUGGGCAAAAUCCAUGAGGCACCUUCAGUCUCUUCAUGAUGCGAUCCACCAACCGCCUGGUGUGCGAUGUCCAGUCUUCGUAGGCCACUGAACGAAAAGCUCUAUACUUCGACAACACAAUGAUCAGCAAAAGACUCACAAAAAACCUGAGUGGGUCUUCUUCUUGUAAACCAGGGGGCGUAACGGACUCAUCUUCGGAGUAAAAUGAUGAUUCGACUUCAACAGACACAUCACUUUCAUCAAUGUCAUCACUUUCAUCACUUUCAUCAAUGUCAUCACUUUCAUCACUUUCAUCACUUGAAGUGUGACUCAUCAGGUGGGUGACAUCAGAUACGGUUCAUGUACUUUAUUACCUACAUCGCAUGGGUUGCGGAUCGGUUGCCAGAUAUAUAUCCUUCACUUCAUCAUAGAUAAAAGGUGGAGAAUUAUUGCGUUCUUAUUUUGAGUGUAUGACAUCAUAAUCACUACUUUGUAUUGCUUUUGCCUUUCAUUUCGUCAAGAUUAUAACCGCUGGGUUAGUCCAGCACUACCCGCAACCCUCAACUAAGCGCUGGUUAACUGAUGAUGUAUGAUCAUCCUCACAUGAGAAAAACAGCCCGUUUCCUGUAGUUCAAAAUUCGAUCAAGUGAAAUACAUACACUCACAUGCCAGUGUGAGCCCAGAUUCAUCAUUGCUGCAAUGACUCCCUGAACCUUUUAGAAUUGACAUGAAACUUUUAAAGCCUUUUAAAUCUUGGUCUGGCACCUGUGUAUUGUGUUUGUCUUGUUUUUCCUGCAACAAAUUGUUCUGAAUUUAUUUCAGGAUUUUUUUUUUUUUUUUGAAGAAGUCAGGCUUCAACCAAAAAAAGCUUCCUCGAGCAUCAGGACUGGGUCCUUAACUACUCACAUUAGUCUUGAUAGUCUACAUGAAAACUUUGGUGGCA